AAAAAAUAUUUUUAAAGGUAAUACUUGCAGGUGUUGAAAAUAUUUUUCAACUGUUAAUCCAAACAGCCCUUCAAGUAGCAGUGAAACACCUCCCCCCGUCUCCUGCCCUCUGAUGCCAGUUCUCUUCAGUUUCUUGAGGAUACGUCUGGAGAGAGAGGUUCUGCUCAUGAACAAGCAUAUGCAGUAUUUCGGCCGCUGCUGCCAGCCUGGAGACUUAGCUCUGAGACUGCGUCUUCGCAGCUCCAUCAGUCGGUGUGUUAGCAACUUUCUUUCUUGCUAAUUUUACAGGAAAAAGAAGUGGCAUCACGUUGUGGUUUAAUAGGGGUUUCCUGUUCCACUGACUGCCCUCACCACCUUCCCCUACCGCCGAGAGCAGCUGCCACUGUGAUGUAUUUAUGGAAGAUCUCUGACCACCAUGUGAACUCGGUGUCUGCAGAGUUCCAUGACUGGAAUUAUUGUGGAAUCAUCCCUCACCGCCCUGAUUCUGUGCUUUCAGUAGAUGCCAUCACCGCCCUUGGAGUCGCUCUCGCCAGAAAUCCAGGGCAGAGUGGAUCUCCGUUGCCCCCCUGGCCAGCAGGCCCCCUGAUCCACACAAUGGGACUGUGACGGUGGACACUCCUGGGGACCCCCGCACACGUGCUCUCCGUGGAUGAUGGAUGACAACACACUCUCUGAACACCCAGAACCCGUGGAAUUUCUCAACGUCUGUUUGAGCGACAACCUGCAGCCCCACCCAGGAGUACAGCCCAGGGAAACGAGCGGCCGUCCUGACCUGCCUGGACCUUUGCAGGAACUGACCUGGGCGUCGGACCCUUCUGAGUCCACGGGGAGGCGAGAUGCUCCUGCCGGGGGCUCUAGGGCCGAGCCCGAGGGCCUGGGGAGCGGGUCUUCCCAGGGGGGCCCACAGCAGAACCCCAGCUCGUCCACGCAGGUGGUGUUCUGGGCGGGCAUCCUGCAGGCCCAGAUGUGUGUCCUGGACCUGGAGGAGGAGCUGGAGAAGACUGAGGGGCUCCGGGCCGAGCUGAGGUCCUGCAUCCCCACGGCCCCUGUGGACCUCCCCCCGUUCCCCUCCAGCCCGGCGGCCCCCCUGGACCCGGGCCCCCCCGCCAGCCCUCCCUCGGGGGAGGACAGCAGCAGGCCUGAGGGAGAGAGCCAGACCCAGGUGUCCCCCGGGGAGGGGACGCCAGACUCCUCCCCAGAGUGGGGUGCCGAGGAGGAGAGCCUGUUCUUUGACAACCCCCUCUUCCUGGAAAGCCCUUGCUCAGACACCAGCGCUCCCAGAGAGCGCUUCUCCUGGGGGCACCCCGACUCCUGUGCUGACAAGGACGACGAUGGGAGGCCUGAGAGCCCGCAGAACCUGGAGCCUCCUCUCCUGCUGGGCAGGGUGCCGUGGGGGCUGGGCGAUGAGCCAGACUCGGGGGACAGCGUGUCUGAGUCCAGCGGGCACACCACCCCUCCGUUCCCUGUGCCCACCUACAAACCACACUCCUUCUCCUGGGCCGAACCGGACAGCGCCCAACAGGCUCCCGCAGCACCUCCCAGCUGGGCGGGAAGCGAGACUUCUCUGGCAGGCGGCCUUGGCCCUGCAGCAUCCUCUGUGGACAAGGCACUGACCUGGGACACAGGGCAUGUCAGAUCUGACCCCAGCCCUGCCACCCAUCCUGUGCAUCCUCCGGGCCUCCAGGGCUCAUGGAUACCCUGUGCCUCUCAGCAGGCCCUGCCCCGUCCUGAGGGCUGGCAGACAGAGCAGGGUCCUUCCUGGCCCCAGGCGCCUCUUACCUCCCAGGACAGAGGUGAGCCCCAGUGGGGGGCCCGGGACUUGGGGCAGUGGGAGGCUUUGCCAUCUGGAGUGGGACAAAGGUCAUUCUUGGAUCCGUGGGUGUUAUGAGGGCCCCCUUGUACCCUGUUCGAUGGACCUGUGACAUCAUCCGGACCCUGGGUUUACGUACUCCCCUCACUGAGGAAAUGUACGGGAGACCCCGGUUUCCAUGCCUGGGUCCUAGUGGUGCACCUGUCCCGAGCCUGGCUGCCUUGGGGCGGGAGUCCCGGGAGCCCUGUGCCCUGCACGUGGGAGGACACCGCCCGGAGGAGGGACUGGACGUG